CCACGUCUCCCUUAACUCGAUCCUUUUGUUCUCGGUCUCAUCGGCACGGUGGCCUUCGCACCGUGCCGGUCGAGACCUGCGCCUCGACCCGCCAUGACGGCUUCAUGGCGGCGCAGGCGGCACAGCGGCUGCACAGCGGCUCCGGGGCGGCCGAGGUGGCGGAGGCUUUGGAGGAGGAGAUCAAGUCCUGGCGAAGACAUCCGGGCUUCGCGACCGCCGUGCUGAAGCGGCUGGGAUCCGGGGCGAACGUGGAGGUGCUGGGCCAUGUCUUAAGCUUGAUGCAGCAGAAACGCGUGGAGCUGAACGUGAUCCACUGCAACACGGCCAUCAAGGCGUGUUGCUCCGGAGCCUGGCUACAAGCGCUGAACUUCCUGGAGCAGAUGCUCCAGAUGCGACUGUGGGGUUCUAAGAUUCGGUAUGGUGGGGUGGGAGAAGUCAAACCGACCAUGACUUUCUCGUUCUCAGAAAUUGUGGGAGAGUGCCUUAUAUCGCCUUAUGGGGGCCUUUUGAAACCUUUUGAACGAUGUUCCUUGAGGAUCAACAGCGAAGUUCCCACUUAGACUUGUUUGUUUAUUGGAAGAAGGGUACCUAUCCGCCAUACCAAAGAUUAUGUAAGUCAUUGAGUCAUUCCUGUGAUUUCUCCAUUGCGGAUGGUUUUGCAACCCAUAAGGGGACAAUGGCAGACUGUAAAUCUUGGGCAUUUAAUCAUGCGUCAUGGAGGUGUCUCUCUUGGGAUGUGAUGCCGGUUCCACAAGUUGGAGGUCACUCGUUCCACUCUUUUUUACGUAGUCCAAGAUGUGAAGUGAUACAUUUCACCCAUCAAGUGUCUUGUUUGUCAACCUCCUGCAAUUGUUUAUAGACAUGAUUUCUUAAACAUAACUAUAUAAAGAUCAAAACAUAUAGACUAUAGAACUACAGUUGGACAGAUGACCAAGGAAUGUGCGUUAAAGCCAGGCGUUUCAUCCAAACCAGUCCAAACAUGGUCCACGUUCUCGCUCAGGAAGCCGGAUGUCUUCACCUACAGCUCUGUGAUGACUGCGUGCUUAAAGGAGAUGAAUUGGCACGCAGCGCUGCAGAUCUUCCAUAAUUGUAAGUUGUUCUUGAGGCCUGAUUUGGCUUUGAGCAACUGUGGGCUCCAUGCUUUGAACCUGGCGGGUCAAUGGGAGGCGGCUAAGCACUUGCUUUGGCAACUGCCACAGUUGGAGUUGAGGGCAGAUGUAAUCAGCUUCGGGCCUGCGAUUGCAGACGUGGGCUGGAAGCAGUCGGCGCUAAUGCUGGAGACGAUGGAGGCCUCCGCGAUAGAACCGGACCGGAAGAUCUUCAGCAGCUUCGCGGUGACCGGCGAGUCCGAGGACAUCUGGCAGCGGUCCAUGGGGUUGCUGGACUUGAUGCGGCAACGAGAUUUGGAGGCAGAUGUCAUCAACCACAGCUCUGCCUUGGCUCCUCUGGCGGAGCAGCUCCAUUGGCAAAUGGCACUCGCCUUCGCUGCUCAAAGCGAUGGACACCAUGGCGCCCUGAGCCUGUGCAAUGCAGUGCUGCGGGCGGUGCGGGGUGAGUGGAGAAUGGCUGUGGCAGAGAUCAACGGGCUCGUCAUGAAGGGCUUGGAACCGGAUGAGGUGAGCCGAAACACGCUGCUGGCAGCAGUGGGAUCCGCAGAGAGAUGGCAGACGGCAAUGCAACUGAGUCUCCUGAAUGCUCGGACACCUUGGAGGUCAGUGGUGAGUCUGUGGGAGCAUCACCGGUGGCAAGGCUUGGAAGUCCAGGCUGCAGCGAGCCUCGCAACGCGUGGUUCGCCCUGGGAACAACAGCUGUCAUCCCUGGAAGUCCUAUCGAGGUCCUCGAGCGACGACCAAGCCAUGCUCAGUUCGUGCUUGAACUCCUGCGAAGCAGCCAGCGACUGGCAAGUGGCUUUAGCACUCCUAGGCUCCAUGAGCGUAGAGGAUUUCGAUGAAGUGAGCUUUGGUGCGGCCAUCAGCGCCUGUGCCAAGGGCGCUCAGUGGCUGGCAGCCUUGGAGCUGCUGCAGGAGGCCUCCCAGUCUCGUUUCGCCAGUGACAUCGCCCGCAACGCCGCCAGCAGCGCCUGUGAACGAGGCAGCCAGUGGCAGUUCUGCGUCUUCUUCUUGGAUGGAACCUCCCCUGAUGUCAUCAGCUACAACGUGGCCCUAUCAGCCACGCAGAAGGCCAGCUAUUGGAAACUGCCCUGCUUUCUACUGGAAGAGAUGGGCGAGGAGACCGACGAGAUUUCUCGAGACACCGUGAUCUUCGCCUGCGCUUUCCAGUGGCGCCACGCGCUGGAGAUCUCCGCCGUGUUUAAACGGAAGUUCUUCCUCCCAGAGAGCCCGGUGCUGCUGGGGUCUGGUGCCCUGAGCGGCGCUCAGCUGAACCGGCUGGCGGAGGAGGUUGAAGCAGCUUUGCUGGGUGAGCUGAGGCAGAUGAGCCAGUCGCAGUCGCAAAAAGAGAGCGGAAGAAAGGGCAGAAGGUAUUUUCCAAGGUGUAUGGUGGUGAUUGGUGAUGUGAGGAACUCCAACCAGCAUGAGAAUCAGUGGGUGAAAAUGGGAGCUCAUCACACUUUGGAGAUUGAGCUGAAUAACAAGCUGACCCUCGGCAAGGAUCGAUGGGAUGCCAUGCACCUCCAAGAGCUGGAUGAAGCCACAGAUGUUCACAAGACCUCUGAGGUGGCAGUGUUGUUAAUGGAGGCUGGACUUGCCAACUUUCAUCUCCUCACAGCCGUCCUGGCGAAGGACGUGCACCGCGUCAGCGUGGCGUUGCCCAAGAAGCGGGCCACCACCACCAACUACGACAAGGCCUUGGUGCGCUUCUUUGAGCAGGUCUACCAGGGUAUCAAGGACCAUGUGAACCUUGACCUGGUGAAGUGUGUCUUGCUUGCUGGCCCGGGCUUUGUGAAGGACGACUUCUUAGCCUGGAUGAUCCAGAGGGCCACCCAAUCGGGGGACACGCAGCUCCUGCAGAAGAAAAGCAACUUUGUCUCCGUCCAUGCCUCCUGUGUGCACAAACAAGCUUUGAAGGAGUUGCUCGCUGAUGAGCAGGUGCAAAAGAGCAUAGCCAAUACGAAGGCGGCCGCACAUUUGAAGGCCUUAGAGGAGUUUUAUCUCAUGGUGCAGAAAGAGCCUGAUCGUGUGUGCUACGGCCCCAAGCAGGUCUUUGAAGCGGUGGAGAAGUGCGCGGUGCAGACCCUCAUGGUCGUGGACUCGCUCUUUCGAAAUGCCAACGUCAAGUUGCGAAGACAGUACGUUGACAUGGUGGAGAAUGCGCGAGAUCAGGGUGCCACCUGUCAGAUCUUCUCCUCCCAGCACGUCAGUGGCGAGCAGUUGCAGGAUAAGAUCGCAGAUGGGGCAUGA